AUGUUAGCAGAUUUAGUGGAGGAACUGAAGAAGACUGGACUCCAGGCUGCUCCUGCUGAUCACUGUUAUGCUGGACCUGAAGAUGUGGCCUGUGAUGUCUGCACUGGAAGAAAAAUGAAAGCCUUCAAGUCCUGUUUAGUCUGUCUGGCAUCUUACUGCGAGAAACACCUUCAGCCUCAUUAUGAUGUGGUUCCAUUAAAGAAACACAAGCUGGUGGAGCCCUCCAAGAAGCUCCAGGAGAACAUCUGCUCUCGUCAUGAUGAGGUGAUGAAGAUGUUCUGCCGUACUGAUCAGCAGAGUAUCCGUUAUCUCUGCCCUGUGGAUGAACAUAAAGACCAUGACACAGUCUCAGCUGCAGCAGAAAGGACUGAUAGGCAGAGAGAGCUGGAGGUGAGUCGACAAUACAUCCAGCAGAGAAUCCAGGACAGAGAGAAAGAUGUGAAGCUGCUUCAACAGGUGAUGGAUCCCAUCAAUCAGUCUGCUGAUAAAACAAUGGAGCACAGUGAGAAGAUCUUCACUGAGGUGAUUCAUCUCAUCCAGAAAAGAUCUGAUGUAAAGCAGCAGAUCAGAUCCCUGCAGGAAACUGAAAAAAAGUCCAAAACGGUAGUCCAACAUCUCGAUACGCAGGGCAUGUUUCCCAACUCCGACCCAUGGGAACAGGGCAUGUACCACUUUCUGUCCAGUGGUCCAGAGCUUGAAAUCCUGGGGGACAUCUGA